AUGAAUGUAGUAAAAUAUUUAGAUAGUAUUGAAACUCUUAAAGUUUUUGUUCAAGUAAACCAUGAUUGUCUUGAGGCUAUUUCAAGAACAAAAAUUAAUCCAUGUUAUGGACUUAAUUCAUUAGCUGUUGCUAUUUCCAAUUCAAGAUAUAAGAAUGCAUUAUUUGAAUUAAAAGUAUUUGAUGGUCUUGAAACGUUUUAUGUAGAUUACAAUUCACUAGAAAAAAUGAACGUUAAAUCACUUGAAAAUAUUCCACUGAUUAAUGUUCAUAAAUUUGUGAUGCAAAAUGGAUCGUCAGACUAUGCUAUAUUUCGUAAAUUAUCAGAUAAAAUCUGUUCUAUUGGAAUUGACACAGCAUACACGUUUAAUCCUAAUUUCUCUAAUUUAAUUAGUUUAAGAGAAAUAGUAAUUAGAGUUGGACAAAACUAUAACAACAAUAUUAUUGAACAAUUAUUUGAACAAUUACCUAAAUUUAAUUAUCUUCAUAAAGUUAUUAUCAGAUGUGAUUCAAACAGAUUACAUUAUUUAAGAGAAUUAAGUAAAAAAUUACAAAUGAAAACAAAAGUUAUAUUUAUUAUUGAUUGGCUACAUAAAGAAGAUAUUGAAGAAGUUAAUGAAUUAGUUAGUAAUACAACACAAAAAGUAGGAAUUGUAAUGAUUAACUUUGAUGACUUUGAAGCAUUGUUUAUGAAACCAAAUGUUGUGUUAUUACCAUUCUGUCCAUAUAAUUUCCAGGUAUCAUCAAAAAUGACAGCUGAUCCUAGAUUUUACGAAUUAUUGAAAAUGUAUUUACCAACUCGGUUAGAAAUUCAAGGUGGAAUUCGUCCUGAUGUUGAAGCACCAAAAAAUAAGAUUAUUGACCUCUCUAAAUGUAUUUGUUUAAAUGAAUUAUUUAUGAAUGAAGCAAGGUAUACAUCAAGAAUUAUAGUUAAGUUACCAACUUCAUUAAAUAGAAUGUUUAUUAAUAACCUAGGAAGUAUUGAUUCAUUGGAAGGUGUUGCUGAAACUCAUUUGCCAGAUUCUUUAAAAGAACAAUUUUCUCAAGGAAAUCUUUUUAUUACCAACUAA